AUGGCAUUAUCGAAAUACAAAUUCAUAGCAUUUAUAUCUUUUAAAGUGAGUGACAGAAAUAAGGUUAACUUUGUUCAACAGGAAAGCCAAUUAAGUACUCAAAUGAGAAGGUUUACCAAAAACACUUAUCUGAACAACCCAAAGCAAUUUAUGGCUUUUUAUGGAAAGAUUAAUACUAAAACUGACCGAAACAAUAAGAUGAGCAGCUCAAAGCAAAUCAUUCAUAAAGUUAACUUUGCUCAACAAGAAAGCAAGGCUCUUUAUAUAAAGAAAAUAGGAAACCUUUUUCAAAACAAUUAUACACUGAUAGAAGAAAUUAAUCGUGUGAAAAAUGAUAUUGAUAAUUAUAAGUCUGUUAGCACUGUGAUCGGCCUUAAUAUUCGAGAAAAUGACUCAAGAUUAAAUUUUAAUUUAAAUCGAGUUAAUGAAAAAGAAUUUAGUCAUAAUUUACAUUUGGAGCAUAAACGUCUAGUUAAUAAAGCCAAAGAAUAUGAAAAAAAUACUGAAAUUUCCAAAGUUGUAAGCAAUUAUGACAAAUAA